AUGAACCCUUUCUUCAACAAUCCUUUAUUUCUUGACAAUCAUGGCCCAACACCCCCAAAUUUCCAAUCGGACUCGAGUUCAUCCGACGAGACGGAACGGUAUAUUAAUCUAUUCACAAUGGCGCAUUAUGCGAUUCUACAAGAUGUCCGUGAUACUGCCUCCUCUUCAAAAACGUAUACAAGACGCGACGAUCGCAGUGAGUCUCACAACCGUCUUUUUCGAGAUUAUUUUGCCGAGGAACCGAAAUUUAAUGAGACUUUUUUUAGACAAAGGUUUCGUAUGGGUAGACGGUUGUUUGUGAAGAUAGCUUCAGAUUUGGAAAACAAUUUUAGUUUUUUUCAAAGGAAGAUCGACGCUCGUGGUAAAUGGGGGUUUUCGGCUUUACAGAGAUGCACAUCUGCAGUUCACCAGUUAGGAUACGGUAGUAAUCCCGACAGUUUAGAUGAUUACCUAAAUAUGUCGGAAAGAUCGUCACGUGACACCCUUAAUGCUUUUUGUGAUGGAGUCAUUAAGUUGUAUCGGCAUGAAUAUUUGCGUAGGGCAACGCGGAGUCUUGAUUGUACACACUGGGGUUGGGAUAAUUGUCCAGUAGCUUGGCGUGGCCAGUACACGCGAGAUGAUCAUCACGGGCCGACGAUAUCGCUUGAAGCAGCACGCAUACUUUGGUGUUGCCGGUUCAAACAACGACAUUAA